AUGCAACGUCUGGAAGAAGCGGACAAUGAAAGGAAGAAGCGUGCGGCAGAGAUUAAAGCGCUAACAUGUCUGAUUCAGGAUAAAGAUGUGACACUGUCUGAUAUACUGGGUGAUGGUAGUUUUGGUGUAGUGAGACGUGGACAAUGGACUUCUCCUUCUGGUAGGAUAUUACCAGUUGCUGUAAAAGUUCUGAAGGCGGAUGCUCUGACUCAGCCAAAUGUUAUUGAAGAUUUUGUGGCAGAAGUUCAAGCGAUGCAUACAUUGGAUCAUCACAAUCUCAUUAGGUUAUACGGAGUGGUGUUAUCACAACCGAUGAUGAUGGUGACGGAACUAGCCCCUCUGGGAGCCCUGCUCGAUUAUUUGCGAAAACAGUGCAGUCAAAUUUCAGUAUUAACGUUGUGUAACUACGCUUUGCAAGUGGUCACGGGUAUAGCAUACUUAGAAGCGAACCGUUUUCUGCAUCGCGACUUAGCUUGUAGGAACGUUCUUCUAAGUUCAGUGGACAAAGUGAAGAUCGAUGAUUUCGGCCUAAUGCGAGCACUGCCGCAACAAGAAGACUGUUAUGUGAUGACUGAACAUAAAAAAGUGCCGUUUCCUUGGUGUGCUCCAGAAUCUUUAAAAGCGCGUAAAUUCAGUCACGCGUCAGAUGUGUGGAUGUUUGGUGUGACAUUGUGGGAAAUGUUAACGUUUGGUGAAGAGCCGUGGAUAGGUUUAAAAGGAUCAGAGAUUCUUCGAAAAAUAGACAAGGAUGGUGAACGAUUGCACGAACCAGAAGCAACACCACCAGAUAUGUACCAAUUAAUGCUUCGCUGCUGGGCUCGGGAACCUUCAGAACGACCAACCUUCGCUUCUCUAAAAUCUUCUCUCACAGGAAUGGAGCCACCUGACGUCGUUGGAGUAACUGUUCCUCCAGAUAGUCUCGUGAAGAACAAAUACUGCGGUACACCAAGAUCGCGAAAACAGUUUAAUUAUACAAAAUUACAGAAUGAUAUCGGAGCUAGUCCUGUGAAAACGUUGAACGCCUCUGUUCCUAGUGGCAGUCAGGAGGGCAGUUUGAUAGAUCUGUCCCCGGAGGAGAUGGUGAACACGAGUGAGGCGCAAUCGGACACUGCCUGUCGACGAGUCGUUAAUAUCCUUGACGAGCCUAUUGACGAUUUGGAACGGCAACAACAGACGAGUUGGCAGGAUGAGGAUCCUCGAACUUAUGCCAACUUCCCUGGCAACGUCGACCCGUCUUAUUCGGAUCCGUUCGAUACUUCCUCGGUAUUUAUGAAGCAGCCUCAUUCGAGAUAUUACAGUCAUGUUCCCUCCGACGUGAGUAGUAGGUAUUUCAAGACACAAACGUAUGGAAACGUACAAAAUCAGGACGUUGGCGGUAGCAGCCAGGACAGUACAAAUUAUUUCAUACCAGAGUCCGGCUCAGAUGUGAACCAUUAUUCCCUUAAUCUGAGCAAGGAGAGUAGAAAUGCUAGUAUCAAUUUGAACGUGAACGUGGACACGGAGGAAAAUAAUGCAUAUAGUCAGAAUCACUAUAGCGAGAUCGAUAAGCCUAGUCCACCAAUGGCGAAUUGGUCUAAUUGGCCCGAGGAUAUGCAAAGUGAAGCGCAGACAUACGUGAAUGUCUCUAGUCGGAACUUGCAAAGCUCCGACACGCCUCCUCCUCCACCUGUGCCUCCCAACGAGAGUCCUCCAAAACCAAAAUCGAAUCACGACUUGGCCCAAAGUUUGAAUGAGCUAACAAUUAAUUCUUGCAACGUUUCUCCUAAAAAGUUGGACCCUACUUUCCUAGCUGAGCUGGAGAAGCAUUUAGGUGAAAAGGAAGACUACCCACAGUACUUUUACGAUCCGACGGACAACAAUAUGCUUUAUCAAUGGUGGUCGACGCCCCUCUUUGUCAAAAUAAUGUCCGCGCAAAUAAGUAUUACACCACUAGAAGGAAAGGAUAUUUGUAUAGCGAUACUGCCAAUAUUAUUGUAG